CAUGAUUCCUGUGCAAGAUGGCUCGUGAGCGAGUGCCAGCGGCGGACAUCGAUGUGGCAAUACUGACCAAGGAGCUCGAGAUUGCGUUUGCAGAGCAGCUCAUCAAGUGCACCAAGUCACUCCAACAGGAGGUGGUCGCAGACCGCGAAGGCGCGACAGCUACAACCCUGGAGUACCUGUUGGCGCAAGUAGACUACAAGUUGCUCCAUUUCAAGCAAGAAUUGCUCGACGAAGUGCACAAGUACCUGGAAGACAAGCCUCCGAUGCAAGUACGUUCUUCCAACCUUUCUCACGUAUGGAACUUGUUGCAUUCAAGACGAUACGCAAGCAGAUUCAUGCGCAGUGCGUCGCGGGUGACGUGAAAGAGAAAUCUCCACUUGACCCAGCCGCCGAUGUGGACAGCAUUCGAUCCGCAAGCCUCGUGAGCAAUCCGUCCGAGCUCGAAGUCCUGGCUCAAAACCACCUUCCCUCGUCCGAAGGCGACUGCGUCCAUCCGAUCCAUGCAAUCCUUGAAGAAGCACCGCCACGUGUCAACAUCGCUGCAUACAUUUUGCAGUUCACACGUGUGCACGCUCCCGAGAAAGCCCUCUACGACUGCCACUCGGGGGAGACCUUGUCGUACGAAGCCCUCGUGGACGUCGUUGGUUGUCUGGCCCACAACCUCCACACGGUGCACGGGCUUUGUUGCACCGACAUCAUGUGGUUGCCCAUGGUGACCCCCUCGCCCCUUCGGUACUGCCGUGCGACAUGCUUUUCGCUUGCAGCGUUCCCUUUUCGUGUAGAACGUUCUUGGUCAUACUUGCCGUGUGGACUCUUGGGGGUGCAAUUGUUUGGUCGACAUCGCCUCCCCCCCUCGCAACAUGGACUUGUUUGGAGUCGACCGCCAACCGCUCGACAAAAUCGUCACAGUCGGCAACGGACUGCCCCGGUGGCUUGGUGCUGCGUGUAUGCGCUCACACGAUGUUCAUCGACGUGCCACUCAUUCCAGCGACAGGUUCUGCGGCUUGACGAGAUCAUUGAUCGCGACCAAACGCCGACGGACGUGUGGUACUCUGACCUGGUGGCCACGCCAUCGACGCCAUGGAGCGUUCACCCAGUCAAGGCGCCCCACUGGGUCGUUCCAUCAAAGGUGGCCAUGACGGUGCAAGCGACCACGACCAGCGAUGACGUGACUACGUUCGCGUACAGCCAUCGCGACAUCCUCGUGGCCUUGGAAACGUCCGUCGAGACAUUUCGCCGCCGAUUCCAGCAUCCCCGCACGACGUUCUUGUGCUCGUUGCCCUUGGCCGCUCCCGAAGCCCUUACCUUUGCCAUCCUUCCCAAUCUGUUCUACGGCACCACGUUGUACUUUUUGCCGCCUCCACAUCUCGCUGACCUUCCAAAAGCGCUGCGAGUCGCCCGGCCAACGGUUCUCGUCACGACGAGUUUGCACUUGUCCGAGCUGGCCAAGGCCAACGACGCCGUUGCGUGCGUCGAGGAAAUCGUGUGCAUUGGCAUGUCUGUCCCGAGCCUUCCUCGAGCACUACGAGCACUGCAUACCCUCAGCAGCAAGUGGUGUCCGGAUCUGAAAUUUCGAAGGCUCUAUGCAUCUCCCGCGACUGCGGGGGUGUGCAUGCAGGCUCCGCCGACGUCGUUUCCAAUUCCCCCGACGCAGUUACGGGCGCUCGGGAGCGCUGUGUCCAACGAUGUCCAAGUUUGCGUUCGAAGCCUCGCCACAGGCGUCGUGCUCGGCCCGAAGCAGGUCGGCGAGCUGUGCGUGCAGCAUCGCGACCUCAACCACGCAACAGAGAUGUUUGCGACCAAGGCAAUGGCGUAUGUCGACAUGGCGGGCCAGGUGCACGGCAUCGGGUCCAAAGAUGGCAUUGUGAACUUGGGAGCCGAGUCCACGACGACGUUGGAGCUGGAGGAGGUUUUAGCGUCCCACCCGCUCGUCGACGAUGCUGUCGUGGUGGUUGCUGCGAACGCUGGAAGCAUGACGGCCUACGUCAAGCUCGCGCCGGCCGCCGCCACCUACAUCGACGACGCGCUUCGCAGUGUGUCAAUCUUCGCAGCCAAGCAAAUACCCCCCGCAAAGCAACUCGGAGGAAUUGUUCGAGUGCGGGACAUCCAUCGGGAGUUAGACGGCCAACCGAGUUUCCCCGUGAUGCUGCAAGAGGCCAAGGCAAUCAACUCAUGCUCGUGAUAGUCGACGGACCCCUUCUCGACGCGACUGAACUGGAGGAAGUGUUGUUGAAGAUGUUGGAGUUUCUUUUUACCGAGAGAUGACCUAAAAAAGCUAGAUGUGGUAUGCGUGGGUCGUGUUGGCUGACCACGACGCUGCUGACAGACUGCGACCGGUCGAGACAGCCGUGGCGGCCGGCGUGAGCGCCGCUAGCGGGGGACGUAGCGUCGGCAGGACGGACGACCCACCGCCAUGACCAUGAUGUUGCUGGAGUGCCAUCGGCGAUGGUAGAAAUGGUCUGGUGUCGUGAAAUGUUUGCGGUGGUGGCACGAUGCUGCUGAGCAGGCGGAGGUUGGAGUCUUGGGCGUCGGAAGAAGCGCCGGUGGGCGUGGGCGUCCGUUGGAGGGAACGAAUGCGCUGUGUGAUGAGUUCCUGUGGCAUGGAUUCCGACAGUUUAUACUUGAGCGAGAGGUUGAGAAAGAGGCGCAACUCGCGGUUCCGGAAGAGGCCGAGAAUGUGGUCGACUUCGUGAACUUUGGACGGGUUGAAUCUGUAGUAAAAGUUGAGCAGUUUGUCGCGGUACGUAGCACCAGGAAACUGGUUGAGCACGGAAUCGCACAUGGAUUCCACCGACCGGUUGGUCCCGUUUCGCGGCGUCGACGACGCGUGUCGAGGAGAUGGAAGCGUGGGCCGGGCAAGGGACGGCGGCGGGUGCAAGUACGUGGGGUGAGAUUGGCGUUGGCGUUGGUUUGCCAUCGACGACGGCGGCGCAGUAGGAGGGGUGACGUGAAGGGGAGGGGUCGGUGGGACCAUCGGCGGUGGCGCACUGUUGGUCGGUUGGCCUUCCUCCCAGCUCCGUCGACGUCGGUGGCCCACUUGACGUUUGGAGAGGGCGUCGCGGUGUUUUUGAAGGUACAUUUGGACCUGCUGCGGGGACCGCGUACCAAUGACCUUGGCUAUAUCGUGGUACUGCCCGUCAUGGAAGAUCGAGAGCGCAUGCGUCAAGCGGUGGACUUCGUCUUGCGCCCACGGUCCUCUCGACGACGACGAUGCUGAAUAGGACGAUACGUUGUUGGAUGUCGCUACAUCCACGACAUCAGGGCGCCGUCGCCUCGCUACCUCGGUGUCUUGCAUGAACGGGGAGUGCCGAGCGUCCCCACCGAUCGGUUCGGAAAUGAGACAUCAAGCUCCACCACGAAGA